AUGAUUCCAUAUGGUGUUUCAGAUAAAAUCAUACUUCAUACUGAAACAGUAUCAUUUAAGUUUCAUCUCUUCAUCGUGAUAGUUUAUUACAAAGCAAAGAUGUUGUCAGUUGUUUGGAAAAAGCCUUCGAUCAAUCAUCACAAGUCAUCUCAAGUGUUAAGACUUAAUUUAUUCUUAAGAAGUGAAUUAAUAUAA